GCGGGCGGGCCAGGGGAGGGGCCGGCAUCACGCUCGUAAUCCGGGCGGCCCAGGUCGGGGCUGUGGGCGCGAGGGCCGCCGCCCACGGGGUCCCGACGCCGAGCGCCUCAACCCGUCGCGCUCGCCCGUGGCCCCGAGGCCAGCGUCCGCCCUCCGGGUCCGGCCUCCAGACAGAGGCGGGGCCGAGGUCUCCUCGGCUGGACCCGCGGGAGUCCCGGGUCUGGGUUCCGAACCCAGCGGGUGCCGCGGCUCCACACGGGGCCUCCAUCGCCGCCAGUGAGCCAUGUUCCAGGCUGCAGGAGCCACCCAGGCCACCCCCUCCCACGAAGCCAAAGGUGGCAGUGGCAGCAGCGCGGUUCAGCGCUCCAAGUCCUUCAGCCUUCGCGCCCAGGUGAAGGAGACCUGCACUGCCUGCCAGAAGACCGUGUACCCCAUGGAGCGGCUGGUGGCCGACAAGCUCAUUUUCCACAACUCUUGCUUCUGCUGCAAGCACUGCCACACCAAGCUCAGCUGUUUAAGAGCAAAGGCAACUACGACGAAGGCUUCGGCCGGAAGCAGCACAAGGAGCUCUGGGCCCACAAGGAGGUGGACCCCGGCACCAAGACAGCCUGAGGCCCCUCUCACCAUCCACUCCCUCCUCCUUCCGUCGAGGGCCUGGAGCAGGCAGCGGGCAGGGCGGGAGAGAGGUUGGACCGGGCCCCGGCGGGGUCAGGGUGGGAAGGGGAUGAGGCUGUCUUGCUCGGGCAGAGGGUCUUGGGGGCAGGGCUCUGCUUCGGGAUUCCUUCCUUCUCCCUCAGUGGGUGGGGGGUUAGGGAACCAGGACUGGGCUUUGCUCACCAGCCCGCUUCCUGCUGCUUCCAGCCUACCCCACCUUACCCCACGGCCCCCUGGGAAGGCCCCCCAACCCAGCUUCCCUAUCUAGGUGCCUUUUCUCCAGCAAGGAGUCAGCAUGCCCCCCUCAGGGUCCCAAGCUCCCUCACUGCCACCCAGGGCCCUGUGUGGCCCCCACAUCUCCCCAUCUACCUCUGCCCUUAGCCUGGUCCUGAGCCAUGGAGACUGCAGGAAGGUGAGCCAGGAUGCCCCCUGCUGGGUCUCUCCAAAUGCCCACCAGGACCCAGUGGGGGAGGGGAGGGAAAGUGGAAGAGCCCCGCCCUCCUCACCCCACCCCCACCCCCCCAGGCGAGGCAGGGCAUGCCCAUUAGGGCUUGGGACCAUCCCACACCACGGAAGCAGCAGAAGCUAAAGCACCGGCCAGGCUGAGAGCCACAGAGACUGGUGGGGAGCUGGCAGGGUCACGUUCCCCUCUUCUCCCAUUUCUGCCGGUUUUGACUGUUGUAAUCAACCCUGUUUUAAACACGUUUCAACAGA